GGCGCUGGGGCCGGGCGGGGAGCGGGCGGGAGGUGGCCCCGGGGAGGCACCAGCCGCGGGGCGGGAGGUCGCUGCCCGGGCGGAGGAAGCGGCCGGGGCCGGAGCCGAGCCCGGCGAUGGCUGCAGCGGGGCCGGCGCAGCUGCGGGUGGCGUUUGAGGACGUGGCUCUGUAUUUCAGCCGGGAGGAGUGGGAGCUCUUGUCCCGGCCAGAGAAGCAGCUGUACCGGGACCAGAUGCUGAGGAAUUACCGGGCCCUCGUUUCCUUGGGCUAUUCAGGUUCCACACCAGAUUUAAUCCACAGAAUUGAGAUAGAGGAGGCAGAGCUCUGGAUCCGGGAUGCCGAGGACUCCAGGGAAAGCUCGGGGCCUGAGAGCCCCUCCCAAGCAGGGCUCGGGAUAUUGGGGGGACCGAGGACACCGUCUGAGUGUGGGGAGAGCGCGGCAGGAAUGCAGGAUCCCACAGCCCACAAAAGGAUCCAUGCACAGGACGCAGUCCGUCCCCCGAAUAAACUCAGCAAGAGACUCCCCAUGGGCCGGUGUCCCUAUCGCUGCGCUGACUGUGGCAAGAGCUUCAGACAGUCCUCAAUCCUGAGAACACACUGGUUUACGCACACUGGGGAGCGACCAUACCACUGCUCUGACUGCGGGAAGAGCUUUGCACAGAGCUCACACCUGAGAACGCACCAGCGCACGCACACCGGGGAGCUACCGCACUGCUGUGCUGACUGCGGGAAGGGCUUUGCACAGAAUUCAAGCCUGAGAGCACACCAGCGCACGCACACCGGGGAGCGACCGUACCGCUGUGCUGACUGCGGGAAGAGGUUUUUCCGGAGCUCACACCUGAGAACACACCAGCACACGCACACCGGGGAGCGACCGCACCGCUGUGCUGACUGUGGGAAGAGGUUUUCACGGAGCUCACACCUGAGAAGACACCAGAGCACGCACACCGGGGAGCGACCGCACCGCUGUGCUGACUGCGGGAAGAGGUUUUCACGGAGCUCACACCUGAGAAGACACCAGCGCACGCACACCGGGGAGCGACCACACCGCUGUGCUGACUGCGGGAAGGGCUUUGCUUGGAGCUCAAGCCUGAGAGCGCACCAGCGCACACACAAGGAGCAGCCGCACCAUUGUAACGAUUCUAGUAAGAACUUCAACAGAACCAAUGCACUGAUCAAGCACCAGGGCACGCACACUGCCGGGGAGGACAUUCCGGUGCAUUGGCUGAAGCAGGAGCUUUGCACGGGCCUCCUCCUUGCUAUCACAUCGGUUCAUUCACAGCCGAGAGCGGCCAUACAGCUGUGCUGGCUGGGGCAAGCACUUCGCUAGACUGGCCAACCUCUCAGCACCCGGUCAUGCACCCCAAUGCCCUUCUGCCACCUGCAGGGCCUCAGGGGCUUCUGGCAGUCAGUGGGCCUGACACAGCUCCAGCAGAUGCAGGUCAGGACAUAGUCCUGUCCCCAGGAUGCCCAGCAGAGAGAUGCGGGGGAGGGGGACAGGGAAGGGGACUUGGCUUAGCAGUGUGUGGAAGAGCAGACAGGUGGAGUGUAUUUAGAGCAGAUGGUCACAGCCUAGUGCAUUAGGUGGGAUCCAACCAGGUCUCUCUCUUUCUGUCCCACACUCACUCCCCCUCUCCUCCUCCCCCCGUCUCAAUGGGACGAAGCUAGGAACUUCCCCCACACGUCUACCUUGGUUCCAGCCAGAGGAUUACUCUUGGAUGACAUCUAGAGGUGGGAUUUGCAGUCCUGUCUCAGCAUGGAUUGGGCUGAGGGGCAGGACAACCUAGUGCAGGGGUGGGCAAACUUUUUGGCCCGAGGGCCGCAUCGGGGUGCAAAGCUGUAUGGAGGGCUGGGUAGGGAAGUCUGUGCCUCCCUAAACAUCCGGGCCCCCGCCCCUGAGGGCCCCUCUCAGAACCCCCAACCCAUCCAGUGCCCAAUGCUCCUUGUCCCCUGAUCGCCUCCUCCCAGGACCCCCCACCCCAACU